AGUGGCCACUAAGAGGCUCUGUGGGUCAGCUGUCACGUGGUUUACAAGUUCAUCAUGCGUGACUGACUUUGGGAUUUGGUUUCAAAACAAAAAUAUUAAAGUUUAGUUUUGAUAUGAGUGUCAGUACGGAUUAUAAGGUCGCUGUUUUGCAGCAGAUUGAGAACAGAAAUAAACUGUAUGGUCGAUUCGCUGAUAUUAUUAACUCGCACAAUCUUCUGCAUGAUCAAAACAAGAAUCUUCAGAAAGAAAACGAGAAUUUGAAAAAUGAACUCGAGAAAAAUCGUCGCGAAAUUUCUACCAAGGCCCAUGGAACUGUUACCGGGAGCGAACGAUCCGAACAAGUUGCCGCGUUGGAACAAAAAUUAAUAAGGAUUCAGGAAGAACUGACCGAGGUCCACCGAACUAAAGGAGCUCGCAACCAACAAAUAAUUGACCUCAACUUUGCAGUGCAAGAGAAAGAAAAGGAAUUGAUUGAAGUAAAGCAAACGUUAAAAGAUAAAACUGAUGAAGUGAAUAAAUUAAACCAACAAACUUCUUCCCUCGAAACCCACAUCAGCGAAUUACAGCAGGCCAACCAGACGCUGAAGGAUGAGUACCAAGCUUUGCACAUCACUUACGAAUCUGUUGAUGGAAAACUACGGCAGUGUCAGAUGGACAACCGAGAUUUAGUCGAACGUUGGUUGAAGUUUAAACAUAAGGAAGCCGAGUCGCUUAAUUCCGAGAACGAUAAUUUUAAAAGAAAAUCUGAUAGGAAAGUUACAGCAGGAUUACAAGAAGGUGCGGUGGAAAACACACAGCAAGCAAGGAAAGGUUCAGAUGCUUCUACCUCAAGCAAUGAUAUCCAUUCAGCUUCCCCGCCUACGUUUAAACAAAAGAUUUCAGAGUUUUUUGGAGUAUCCAAGAAAGUUUCAAUAGAAGAGGAAACCCCGCCCUCUAUGUAUGGAAGCCACCAUCACUGUAUGGCUGUUGUUAGGUUGCCACAACUUGCUCUGUGUAAAUGGAGGGCGCAUGAGAGCGAAGUAACAGCGACACGUUUCUCGUCAUCGGGCGGAAUAUUGGCCACCGGGGGCAGCGAUCGUUUCAUCCAUAUCUGGAAUUUUAUCGGAGGAACAGACAAGAGUCGUCUACAAUAUACACUACGUGGUAGUAACGGUGGAAUCACCGAUAUUGACAUGGGACCUCAGGACCAAAUACUUGCCGCAAGUUCCAAUGAUUACGCAACUCGUAUUUGGACGAUUGAAACACAGAGAUUAAAGUUGACGUUAACGGGCCACGGGGGUAAAGUUCUGGCUGCAAGGUUUCUCGGGUCCGUUCAUCGACUUGCUUCGGGAAGUAAUGAUAGAACGGUUAAGGUAUGGGACGUACGUUCAGGUUCGUGUACGCGCACGUUCAUGGCGGGCUCAUCGUGCAACGACCUCGUGUCGGCUGACGACGCUGAUUGUUUGGCUAGCGGCCAUUUUGAUCGGAAGGUUCGAAUAUGGGAUGCGAGAAUAAGUGGCCAUGCACAGAAUGAGAUCGUGGUUGGGGGGCGCGUAACAUCAGUAGAUAUGCCGUUCGAUAAAACUACUUUGGUUUGUUGCACCAAAGACCACACACUGGAAGUUAUUGAUUUGAGGAAAUCAGCCGUGGUCAGUUUGUUCAGUGACGAUCGGUUCAAAGUAGCCACCGACCAAACCCGAUGCUCGUACAGCAACGAUGGGAUGUUUGUAGCCGUUGGUUCCAGUGAUGGAUCCGUGUUGACUUGGAAGGUUAAGACGGGAGAACUUGUUUCAAUUACCAAGGAACACAGCGAUCCAGUUAUUUCAUGCAAUUGGUUGGGUGGGAGGCUUGUCACAGGAGACAAGAACAAGCAUUGUAUCUUGUGGUCGGAAUAACAACAACAACAACCACAUAUUCACUAGUCUUGAUUGUUUAUUUCUGAGUUUUGCAAAUAUAAAUAAAAUCCUGUGAUGUAUAAA